GCGUGGUCUUCGCAGAAAGAGCCAAGCUGCCAAUCUCGGUGCCAUGCACCACGAAGGACAUUGCAGUCCAGGACCCGGCUCCGGGCGCUCAUCUCUUUGUGCGGCCGGAGGUCCGAGAUUGGGCCAUGCGCAUGUCACCGGAACUGAAUCAGGAGAUGUAUGAGGUGGUGCAGCAACUGGCACCUGGAGAUGCCAUGGUGCGACGGCGUGGGGCAUGGAGGUGCAAUCGACUCUUGGGGCUCUUCUUCUUUUCCUUCAGCAAGGAGACUCCCAACACCAACAACCUCUUCUGCUUCCAGACACUCUCAGAGAUGCCCGGCAGCAUGCGCCAGACCGUCAGGAGGAACUACCCGCGACAGGGCGACAGCGCCCUUCUGGUGCAAUGUCCCUCGGAACACAUGGAGGCAGCCAUCCUGGGCCGGCCCUCGGGUUCGGGCACCUUUAGCCUGGAUCUUGUCUUGAGGGUUCCUUCUUUGCCAAUCUGGGCCUCCGUUUACUUCGAGACCUUGCUCGAGUCAGCUCGGGACAUGACCGAGUGGUUCCUGAAUCGACCUGGCAUCGAAGAGAUGCGCAGGAGAGAUAUGCAGGCCUACGCCAUCCUCACCAUCCAAAGCUGGCGGCGGGGCCGACCUCUGAUUCCGGCAGUUGUGGAGGAUGUGAUGGCGUCGGAGGAGUUGACGACAAUUGAUGCAGGUCAGCGAGAUGGGCUCACAGUUUGGGUCAGGUAUCAUCCUCGAAUGGCUGAUAGCAGAAGCUUCUGCCUUUCAGAGUAUCUCAACUUGUUCCUGGAGAGGAUCGGUGAGCCGGCAAAUUUGCAUCAGUCCAUAGACGGGCAAAAUCUGCUGCCAUACCAGUGCGCCAUUCCACGAGACGAUUGGAAUCGAGUGCGAGAGCACUUUCAGCGAGCGUAUGCUUUGCAGAAGGCAGCGUACCGUCGCUCCCGCGGCGGCCCAGCAGCCCCGAAUCUUUGUGAGUCGCACGCUCCGAAGUUCCAGGAUGACCAUAGUUUCGAAUCCUUGCAGCAGAGAUUGACCGAGUCGAUCGACAUUAAAACUGUGGUACGGAAGACGUUUAUCGAUGUGGACGAGUCUGCACAGCCUGAAUUUCCUCGCAAAAGAUGUCGGACGGCUUCACCAGUGAGCCGCUUCUGUUGCACAGACGUUGUUUAUGCUCAAUAA